UUCAGUAAGGCUGUGUCCCCAGUAAGCAAACUGUCAGCGGCCAACUGAGUUAGCGGCGUAUCGGUUUAGUACGCCCUUCCAUAUAUUUCAAAUGGCGUGUUCACAGUUUGCUAGUUUUGCGCUCACUGUACGCAGUUUGCAGCGUUACGCGCGCCGACUAUCUUAGUGAGCGGCCGACUCCCACCAAAACCGGUUCCAGUCGGCGGCGGCGAUUGGUUGUUCGCCGGGCGUAGUGACUCAGUUUGCCGCAAACUGAUUAUUCGGAUAGUUGGAAAAAAGCUAUCAUCGUGUUAGGACGUGUUUUUUUGCAUCGCACCUAACUAAUCUCAACGCACACACACAUCACUGAAAAUCCAAGAUGUCCUUUGAUACGGAAAGGUUCAUUAGUGAAAUACAGAAUAGACCAUGCAUAUGGAACAUGUCGAGUGAAGAAUACAGCAACAGAGUAUUAAAGCAGAGCAAUUGGAAUGAAGUCGCUGAAAUUAUAUACGAUGAUUGGCAAAACUUAGAAGAAAACACUAAACAAAAAAGAAUAAAAGACCUACAAAAAAAAUGGAAGGGUUUGCGCGACUAUCACACCAGAGAAAAAAAUAAGGAUUCCUCAGUCAAAAGCGGAAGUGGCGCAACAAAAAAACGCAAGACACCAUACUUGGACAUGUUACAGUUUUUAAAUGUUUCUAGAGCUAGCAACCAGACAUCUGGCAAUAUUAGCGCCGAGACGUCUAGCGACAGUAGCGCUAUUUUAGAUGAAAAUGAUCACUGUGUUUCAAGAAGACCAAAAAAGAUGACUGUGUUUCAAGAAGCCCUAAUUAACUCGAUGGAAAAAAAAAGAGAAAACGAUCCAGAUAUGAACUUUCUACUAAAUAUUUUACCGGAAAUGAAGACAAUGUCCCCAACACAGAAUUUUGAAUUUCGGUUCGAAGUGAUGAAAAUUAUUAAAAAUAUAAAAUAUAGUGUACAUAAUAAUUAUGACGGUGGUAUGAUGCUAACUGGAUGGACGAAUGCCUACCAGUACCCACAUCAGUAUGGCUAUGCGAGUGGAAGCAGCAGUACACCAAAUGUGCAAAACUACCCUCGAAACAGUCCAUCACAUAGCUCUACAGGUUCUUCAGCGGAAAUAGAAGACAUAGAAGCAAUAUUGCGAGGCGAUUCAAACCACACUGAAGAUGAGGAAUGACAGGUUACCAACUUAAUGUUACCAUAUAUGUUCUUAAUUCAAUUUAAAUAAUACAGUAACUUUGAAAAGUGAUUGUUAAAUUAAAAACUAUAAAUGCGAAAGUGACUUUGUAUUACAAUAAAAAUAACAUAUUUUUUUAAAA